GAGACAAGGUCAGCUUGGUACCAAUGGACAUCAAGUCUCUUAAUCCUUCGAUCCAGAUAUGUCGAUCUUAACUCGUGUCUCAUCGAUUACGCCUAUACGCUUUCCUAUGCGCCCAAAUCUGAUUGGCCCAACCCACCCCCUUAAUGACGAAGCGAAGUCAGACUCUUGAAGGAUUGAAUCUAAAUCUUAUCAGGCUUCAAACAUCCAAUCAUAAAGAUAAUCCAUCAACGCCUCAACCUCGCGUCUUAGACACCUCUCCCAUCACCUCACCCCAUCACUGCUACUGCACCACCACUAUCCAUCAUGGGCGCAACAUGGUCCUAAAUGUGGCCCCCCACCGCCACUCUCACCGAGAACAACCUCCCUUCCCAAACCGGCAAGGUCUUCCUCAUAACCGGCGGCGCCUCCAGCGUCGGCCUCGCCCUCGCGCGCAUCCUCUACACCGCCGGCGGCCGCAUCUACAUCGCGGGCCUCUCAGAAGCGAACGGCCUCGCUGCUAUCAAAUCCACAACUGCAUCCCUAACCGCGUCCCCAAACCGUCGGCACGCUCGAGUUCCUGCAUCUCGACCUCGCCGACCUGCGCACCAUCGCGCCCGCCGUCGCCGCGUUCCAAAAGCGCGAAAAGCAGCUGCACGUCCUGUUCAACAACGCCGGCGUCUCCUUGCCCCCGGCUCGGUAGCGCGUCCGCCCAGGGGCGACGAGCUGAUGCUGGCGACGAACUGGCCUGGGGCCGUAUCUAUUCACCCAGCUGCUGCUGCUGCUGCCCGCGCGGCUCGCCGCGGCUCAGCGUCAGGGGUCGUGUGGACGUCCUCUAUCGCCGUCGACGCGCAGGCGCCGACGGGGCGGAGGCCGAGGCGAGCUGGGAGGGAGGGCGUGUGGAGCGUGACGCAGAAUCCGGGGAAUCUGAAUACGAAUCUGACGCGGCAUAUGCCGCGGUUGGUGGUGCUGGCGGUGCGGCCGUUGUUGUAUGAGAGUAGGUAUGGGCCGUAUACGGAGCUGUGGGCGGGGUUGAGUGAGGAGCUUGGGGAGGGGGAUCAGGGGGGGUAUGUGGUGCCGUGGGGACGGAGGCACCCGAGCUUGAGGGAGGAUUUAGUGGAGGCGGUCAAGAGUGUGGAGGAGGGGGGGAAGGGGAGGGCGAAGGGGUUUGCGGGGUGGUGUGAGGAGAGGACGAAGGGGUUUAGGUAG